AUUGUUUGCUCUAGACCUAUCUCAUAAUAACUUGACUGGUAUCAUUCCUGUGGAAAUCGGGAUUUUAAAAAAUCUUGAAACACUAAAAUUUCUGACAAUAUGUUGAUUGGUAAUGUUCCAAGCAUCCUUGCUAGCUGUGUGAAAUUGGUAUCACUUAUUUUGAAGGGCAACAAGUUCUUAGGAAUCCUUCCAUCAACUUUGAGUGAAUUGCGAGGCUUGGAGGAACUAGACAUUUCUAUGAAUAAUUUCUCAAGAAGAAUCCCAGACUAUUUAGAGAGCUUUAUUUUCUUACAGAAAUUAAACAUAUCAUUCAAUGAUUUUGAGGGUGCGGUACCAAAACGAGGCAUAUUUACGACUGCAACAGCUAUUUCUAUUGAGGGAAACAAGAGGCUUUGUGGUGGUAUACCUGAUUUAAAACUACGCAGUUGCCAAUCUAAGGGAUUUGCAAGGAAGAAAUUUACUCACAUCAUGAAAUUGGUUCUCCCAUCGUCUUUUGGGCUUGUAUGUCUAUUUUUGAUGAUGUAUUUCGUGUAUCUUCGUUGCUUUAACAAGACAAUGAAGGUACCAUCUUUUAGCUUUUUCAGCCAAUCAUUUGCUGAGUUGUCCUACCAGAGUCUAGUUAAAGCGACCAAUGGGUUCUCUCCAGCCAAUCUAAUUGGCUUGGGUAGUUUUGGUUCCGUGUACAAAGGAAUUCUUGAUCUUGAUCAGGGUGAAACACUUGCUGCCGUGAAGGUACUAAACCUUCAAUCUCGGGGAGCUGCCAAGAGUUUCAUUGCCGAGUGCAAGGCGUUAAGGAGCAUUAGACAUCGGAAUCUUGUAAGUGUCCUCACGGCAUGUUCAAGUGUUGACUAUAAAGGUGAUGAUUUCAAAGCUCUGGUUUACGAGUUCAUGGUCAAUGGGAGCCUAGAGGAGUGGUUGCAUCCAAAUGAGAAAGAAGAUGAUGCGCAUGACAAGUCACAGAGUUUAGACCUUCUACAAAGGUUAAAUAUCGCAAUUGAUGUCGGUUCUGCAGUUCUUUAUCUUCACCAUCAUUGCUCAGAACCAAUUGUUCAUUGUGACUUGAAACCAAGCAACAUUCUUCUUGACGAUGAAAUGAUUGGACGUGUAGGUGAUUUUGGGUUAGCAAGAUUCCUUGGAGAUGCCACAUGUAUUUCUUCUGCAAAUCAAUCAAGUUCUAUUGGCUUACGGGGGUCUUCCGGUUAUGCAGCUCCAGAGUAUGGCAUGGGAAAUGAAGUAUCAACGUCCGGUGAUGUGUACAGUUUCGGUAUUCUCUUAUUAGAGAUGUUCACAGGGAAGAGACCUACUGAUAUCAUGUUCGACGGUGGUUUGACUCUACACAACAUCGUUAAGAUGGCUAUGGUUGAACAAGUAGCGAACAUUGGUGAUCCAACACUGUUUCAACAAGCAGUGACAGGAGAGACAAGCUCAAGCAUUAACAUCUCUCAGAAUAAAAGCCCAGCUAGCAUUCAUGAAGUUAAGGAGUGCUUGACUUCAAUUCUUAAAAUUGGAAUAGCCUGUUCUGAAGAACUACCAAGUGAUCGACCGGAUAUCAAAGACAUUGUUACUCAGUUGAAUGUGAUCAAGAACACUCUUCUCGGAGUUGGAGUACAUGGAGGCGGGAGAGCUAGAAUUGCAGACUGAUCAUUUGCAGGUGCUUGAGGUUUGAUGGGUCUUGAAGGUAUCUGUUGAGACCGCAACUUUGUGAUGCUCCAUAUUGCUUUGGGUAUGCAUUAUAGAGGGUAGUUUGUUGUUCAAUUUCUGUUUUUUUUCAAGUUUAUGUUCCUCUUGUAUUUUUAGUUUGUUUCAAGAAUGAAAAUUUUCUCAUUUAAAUGUACUUUAAGAGUUACAUGUCAAGUGGGACUCCUCUAGCAAAGGAUACAUAAAUUGGUUUGUAUUUUUCUUAUUGCU